AUGAACAACUACUUGACGUAUCUCUCUUUCUUCGCUGUCGUUUUGGGCGCGAAAUCCGCAUCGGCCCCCUUCAUAAAGCCAUGUAAAUCUGGGGAUAAUGCGUGCGUGCUUGCGUCCGCGCAGGCGGCUGUACCAAUCAUGGCGGUUGGGAUCCCAGAGUUGGGGAUCAAGCCGCUGGACCCCAUGAAGUUUGACGAGAUCAAGGGAGACCAAGCAGGCUUGACUCUGAAGUUUACGGACACAACAGUGACUGGGAUGAAGGGGUGUACUGUGGAUGGUGUCAAACACGACCUGAGCAAAUCCAAGCAGUCCAUCACAAUUAGGUGCAGCGUGGAUUUAAACGGAGACUACAAGCUGGGUGGGCAACUGCUGGUGCUGCCCAUUAGGGGAGAGGGGAAAUACCAUAUUAAUAUCCGUGAUAUAGUGAUUAAAGCCAGCAACGCGCUAGUGACGGUCGACGGCGAUGAUGGCAAGAAGCACUGGCACAUCGACAACUGGCAUUUCACUCAUCAGGUCAAAACUGGUGCAGUCUUCAAUUUCGAUAACCUUUUCAAUGGAAAUAAGAUUUUGGCUGGGCCUGUAGAAGACUUCGUUAAUACAAACUGGCGUGAUGUAAUGCGUGAGAUAGCUCCCCCAAUCGUUCACGCCAUUGUUGCGCGUGUUGUGGAAGAUGUAGAAGCACUGUACAAGGCUGUGCCCGCAGAAGAACUUUAUAUUCCAUAA